UCCCUGGUGGGGAUGUGGACUUGGGCUGCAAGGGGGCAAAGGUCACUUCAGGGUAAAGCGUCAUCAAGGAAUGACUCCUCUCUGGUUAAAAUGGGCUGCAUAGAAAGCAGGCACUAGGACCUCCAGGGCACUGCCUCCGCAGCCCAGACCAGAAGAGAAAUCAGGAAAUAAAGUUGAGGCGAGUUUCUCGGAGUGGGUCUUUCGGUGAAUGCUGUUGCGCGGGAGGUAAAGCUCUGCUCCGCCAUUUGAACUGGGAAUUUAUUCUCCAGGAAUCUUGGGACUCACGUCUGGGCUUGGCUGCAAGCAAACCUGCAACAACUUGGAUGCCAAGGGCUUUGCAUGGGUGCUGCAGGGAGGUGAUUGCUGCAUUUCCUCAGAGACAGGAUUCCCCGGAGCAGCUGUAGAUGCGCUGAUGAGCCAGGCAGCAUGUCAACAAAACGCUGGUUGCCGGGGACGCAGUGCAUCACCAAGCACGACCACACCAAGCCCAAAGCCCGCGAGCUCGCCUUCCGCAAGGGCGACAUCGUCACCAUCGUCGAGGUCUGCCAGAAAGGCUGGUACCAAGCAAAACACAACGACACCGGCGAGGAGGGGCUGCUCUCGGCCAGCUCGGUGCGGGAGCGCGAAGCCAUCCGCGUCGACCCCAAGCUCAGCCUGAUGCCCUGGUUCCAUGGGAAGAUCUCUGGUGGGGAGGCCGUGCAGGCGCUCCAGCCCCCUGAGGACGGGCUCUUCCUUGUGCGGGAGUCCAUCCGGCACCCUGGGGACUACGUGCUGUGCGUCAGCUUCGGCAAGGAGGUCAUCCACUACCGCGUCAUUUACCAGGAGAACCGGCUGAGCAUCGAUGCCUCCAGCUGCUUCUACAACCUCAUUGACAUGAUCGAGCACUAUAUGAAGGACCAGGGAGCCAUCUGCACCAAGCUGGUAAAACCCAAACCAAAGGCUGGGCUGAAGUCUGCUGAGGAGGAGCUGGCCAAGGCUGGCUGGUUACUGAAACUGCAGCACCUCACACUGGGAGACAAGAUUGGGGAAGGAGAAUUCGGAGCCGUCCUGCAGGGAGAGUACAUGGGGCAGAAAGUGGCCGUGAAGAACAUCAAGUGCGACGUCACCGCCCAGGCCUUUCUCGCUGAGACGGCUGCCAUGACGAAGGUCCGUCACAAAAACCUGGUGCAGCUGCUGGGCGUGAUCCUGCACAACGGCCUCUAUAUCGUCAUGGAGUACAUGAGCAAGGGGAACCUGGUCAACUUCCUGCGGACACGGGGCAGAUCAGUCCUCCAGCCCAAGCAGCUCAUCCAGUUCGCCCUGGACAUCUCCCAGGGGAUGGACUACCUGGAGUCCAAGAAGCUGGUGCACAGGGACCUUGCUGCCCGCAACAUCCUGAUCUCAGAGGAGAAUGUGGCCAAAGUGAGUGACUUCGGCUUGGCCAAGGUGGACCCGAAAGGCGUAGACGCCACCAAGCUGCCGGUCAAGUGGACGGCUCCGGAGGCCCUGAAAAACAAUAAAUUCUCAACCAAGUCAGACGUCUGGAGCUAUGGGAUCCUCCUGUGGGAACUGUUCUCCUACGGCCGGGCGCCCUACUCCAGGAUGACUCUGAAGGAAGUGACGGAGAUGGUGGAGAAGGGGUACCGGAUGGAGGCCCCUGAGGAAUGCCCGCCCUCCCUCUACGCCCUGAUGAAGAGCUGCUGGGAGACAGAGCCGGGGAAGCGGCCUUCCUUCAAGAAGCUCACCGAGAAGCUGCAGAAGGAGCUGAAGCACAUAGGGGACAGUUAGCCCUGGUGGCUCCUGCUCCCAGGGCCGCAACAGCUCCGACUCCCUGCGCCUGCACGAGGCUGAGAGACUGGUUCCAAGGGGCCCAUAUUUACCCUGGCAGCCCUAGCAUGUCCCUGCCACGAGCACAGCUCUCUGAGCGCGCGUACAGGCUGGGAAUAGACUGGCAUUGUGUGCCUCGUGGGUACAUGUACGCCGGGGGUGUGCUCAGUUCUGAACCAUACCUGGCAGGUUUCUGAUUCGUUCAGGAUGAGUCUGGUCAGAUGGCCCCGUGGAUCGCAAUCUGGUGGCCAUAUGCCCCCCUGGCCACUAGCCACAAACCACAGCUCAGGGACGGCUGGGAGGAGUGUGUCCCAUUGCGCUGAGCCAGCAGCGCCCUCCUGUGGCGGGUGCUCAAGCAUGAGAGCCCUUGACACUCCUGCAAUCAGCGCUAACGGCCGAAACAUUCUGCGUAGCCAGGGCGUCUCCAGGGCCCAGGGAUUGGGCUGGGGCUGGGGCGGGAGAAUGGUGGGUGGAGAGGAAGUGCUGCUCCCUAGCUCUUGGAACCUGGACUCAGUUCUCCGGAGGCUCCUACUGAUGUUUAUUUCCAAGUGUUUCCCUCAUGUUUUAGUGACUGAAAAUGUGGCAGCAGCACAAAAUGAACAGAGUCCCACUAUCCUCUGCCUGGACUGUGAGUUAUUCAUCAGGACCAGCUGAGAGUCGGCAAAAUUCAGCCAAAGUAGCUCAGCAGGUUCAUGGCUAAAGGCAUCGUUGUAACAGGGGGUGCCCGAUUGGGUGUCAGGCCCGGCCUUUGCCUCAGUUUCCCUUCGUGGAGGUCUCCAGCCAGACUCUUGUAAGUCAAGUCAGCCUUCCCCUGCUUGCCAGUGUCUCAGCCCCUGCUGCCUGGUGUUCCCUCCAGCCUGUUCCUCUUUAGGCUUCUGCCCCUUGCUGCCAGCAGCUCCAGCUUGGCAUGGCUCGCCCUCCCCAGCUGCCAGUUGGCCUGUAGCUGUCUCCUGAUCCCAGACCUGGCACCUGGGCAGUGACCAAGUAGUUGCAGGUGGGGCGAAGUCAUUUGGAUUAGCCAGCAAGGAACGUGGCUUCUUUGCUCGAGACGCUGCUGAGGCAACCCCCGCUACACACAGUGUAGUAAGAUGAGGCCCUGAAACAAACUCUUGUGUCAGAGGCCCAGUCUGAGGCCUGAAGCCUGAACCAAAGUACUUCCAGCCAUUGCUAAGCAAAAGCUGGGCUGUGAGCCAGGCAGUGGGCACAUAUCCACACCUAACGUACAUACACAGCAGCACACAACCAGCCACACCAAUACACCCUCGUACAUAGAAUCAUAGACUAUCAGGGCUGGAAGAGACCUCAGGAGGUAUCUAGUCCAACCCUCUGCUCAAAGCAGGA